GGAAGCGCCGGGCGGCGCCACCACGACGGAAGCGGAACCGGGCGGCGGGAGCGCGCGUCACAAGGCCGAGGCGCGUGGCCGCGGCGCGUCCCUCGCUGCCGCCAUGGAGCUGGUGGCGGAGCUGCGCUCGGGCGGCAGCACGCGGGCGGUGCGGGUGCGGUGCACGGCGGAGGCGGGCGGGGAGCUAAGGGCCUUAAGGCGCGGGCUGGGGGAGCUGCAGGAGCGCGUGGCCGAGCUGCUCGCUCCGCUCGUGCUGGAGCAGCAGCGGCGCGGAGCCACGGGCGGAGAUCCGGGAACCGGUGACGGCCUGGAGGAGGGAGAGGAGGAGGAGGAGGAGGAUGACAACGACGAAGAAGACGACGAGGAGGAGAACGGCGUGACCGCGGGGCAGGACGAGAUCCCCCCAACGAAACGGACCAGGGUGCAGCCGCCGUGAGCGCAGCGCGUGGGUCCGCGUUACGCCGCGCCGGGCGCUGUGCGGGAUCACGGCGCGGAAUAAAGCGGGGAGGCCAACGGCGGGGUCCGGCACUGCCGCUGUCGGUCAUUGCUGCUGUCCGUCAUAUUGCCGCUGUCCGUCAGUCAUUGCCGUGUCGGUCACUGCCGCUGUCCGGCGCUCCCGGCCGUGAGAGCGUUUCCUGCACGCGUUUGGCGCUUCUUUGAACAGGCUGAGAUGGUGGUGACACCCAGCUGUUCUCUGCUGUUAGAGCUCGGUGGUUCAAACAGCUCUAAAUCCACUUUAGAGUGUAAAUCUUCUAUGUUUAAAAAAAAGCUUAAGGUCGUAACUGUGAUAUUGAUUAGGCAUGUGGGUGGUUUUGUGAGGGAACAAAGGAAAAGCUCGCAGUUCUUACUUUGCUGCCAGGAGAAACAUUCUCUGUAAGAAAUAUGUUUUACUACAGCUCACUUGAAGGGCUGCAGCCGUACUAUAUGCCCUCCACUGGGCCCGCUCUCCCACAAGAAGAGGUGACGUGGCCCAGCAGCAGUUACAGAGCACGGCAGAGGUUUGACUGUGAUGUGAAGGUGCUCAGAAGGCAAGGCAGGUAGGGAUGCUGCCAGCCAGGCUGCCCAGGAGCAGAGCUCAAGCAGUGUGAAUAGGCUUCAUCUUGUGACACGGACACAAUAAAAGUGUGCAGAACAAGUGGAACACUGCCUGUUUUUACAGCUUCUACGUGAGAAAGCAGAAGUCUGAGCCUAAUCUUCUUGAUUAAAGAAGUGCUUUUCCACCUCUAA